GGGGUAUUGAGCUGCACUACGCUUGCACGAGCUGAAGACGAGGCUAAUGACAGUCAGAUAUGAGUACGUGCGCGCUUUCGAGCAGCCAGACGUGCUGCUGUCGAAUACCUGGAUUGUCGUGAGGAUCGAUGGGCGUGGAUUCUCGAAACUGACAACCAAGUAUAAAUUUGAGAAACCCAAUGACCGGGCCGCGCUGGAUCUCAUGAAUGAAGCGGCCAAGGCCGUAAUGAGAGAGCUGCCUGAUCUAGUGAUGGCGUAUGGUAACAGCGACGAGUACAGUUUCGUGUUCCACAAGGACUGCAUGCUCUUCGAACGGAGAGCAAGCAAGCUUACCACUACGAUUGUUUCUACUUUCACGUCGUACUAUGUGUUCUUCUGGCCGAAAUACUUACCAAACGAGCCAUUGACGCCACCGCUUCCGUCGUUCGACGGCCGAGCAGUAUGCUAUCCCAGUGAUGCAAACUUGAGAGAUUAUAUGAGCUGGCGACAGGUCGACUGCCACAUCAACAACCUUUACAACACUACAUUUUGGAUGCUUGUCCAGAAAGGCGGUAUGAGCGCUCAAGAUGCCGAGCAAAGACUGUCCGGCACCGUCUCUGCGGACAAGAACGAGAUAUUGUUCCAAGAAUUUGGCAUUAACUACAACAAUGAGCCUGAGUGUUUCAAGAAAGGCACAAUCCUCUAUCGAGACUUCGCUUCAACAGAUGGCCCGCAAUCGACCCCAGCAGCCGCCACAGAAGCCAAAGAAGUGAACGCUCGUCCGCAGCCGAAUCGAACAUCAUCGCGGCCACUGUCUCAAGCAGAUGACUCGAAGGUAUUUAGGCCGGGUGAUUCGCUGACCCCGUCUAUCUCUUCGGCACCUCCAGGGCCAACCUUCCUCUCCGCAGCUUCUACACCAUCGCCACCACCUUCACCUUCGAAAUUACCAGAAGACGGGUACACGCAUCUGCUAGGGUCAAAUUCCAUCAGCCCUCAACACACGAUCUACCAGCGGAGCUCUUUUCCAAUCUCUCCUCCAUCCACCAUCAGUUCACCAAUGGGCAAGCAAAACUUCACAUCACUAACGCCACUGCCAUUAUCGCCGCCGAUCUUGAAGCCGAGUUCCAAGCCACCGUUGUCUCUCGAUGCGCCUAACCCAACAACACGUGCAAAUUUCUCGCCCAUGCCUGCGCCUGCAGAGUUCGCUGAUUCAUUUGCCCAACGUACCCGCUCAGACGGCAGAUCCAUACCGAUCUCUCAUUCGGCGUCAGCAUCAUUGUCGAUUGCAGGGCCUUCUCAGCCCAAACUCAAGCACCGUUCACCUAGUCUGUCGCAGAUCCACACAUACUUGGCUUCGAGCAGUCAGGCUACUGGGCCUCCGUCGAUACCUCUGCGCAUAUCGAGCAUACCAGCCAAUACGAAGCCGCGCAAACUAUCGUUGCAACACCUGCGCUCCAACUCUAAUCUGAAGGCGAGCUGCGGAGACGAGAAAGAGGACCUUGCCAGUCCAGCGCAAGCGGUAAUGACGACUUCAAGAGACGGUACCCCUUUGAACACGAACAAGCAAUUGCCAAGCCCCCCAAUCGGCGAAAGACGAGUAGUCAGCGACAGUGACAGAACGAACGGCAGCAAUGGGUGGCAGCAAAAUGAUCACCCCGGCAUCGCUGAGCUGCCGGCCACUUCGGCGCGUCACUCACGCCAACAAUCACAACCCGUGCCCUCUUCGAGCGAAUGGGGCUCGUAUGCGCACUUCUACGAUAAGUUACAGAGCACUGUACCUGGGUCGCGGUCUGGUGUCGAUGCAACUGCUCAGCCUAAUCUACCUUCUAAAGACACACCACGCUCAAGUCGGCACGCUCACUCUAAGUCGGAAGUCCGCUUUGAAGUACGCAAGUCCACAGACAUGUCAAAGUCUGAGUCGACCAAGAAGUCACGCGCUUCUGCCACAAACAAAGAAGUCGGCAAUGGCAGGCCUGUGCAGAUGAGCCGAACUCAAAAAGAGAAGGAUCGGAAGAAGAGGAGCAAAGCGACGAUUGUAGUAGCACAUGUGGACCUUAUCAAGGACGACUUCUGGGAGGAAAGACCCUGGAUUUUAAGUGGGAAAGCCGGCUAGUCAAUAGAGGGCUGCACCCGCAGGUCGCAGCAGUGGAAUACAUCUGUCGGCAACACCAUUCUGGCGCAAAACAUCUCAUGAGCGUAUCUUAAGGAAAACAGAAAAGCGUGGCGGAAGCAAAUAAGCGAAGUGAGCAACUUAGAAAUCAGGCAAAAUCACGGCUGAAGUCGAGGUGGAGUGUCUGAAACACGCAUUGCGUCUCCCCGAUUAGAUGAACUUAUAUGACUAACGCAUUUCAGCCACUUUCCGCAGUGGAGACAUUUGUUUCGAAUUAAUAUUAUGGGGUAAAAGC